CUGUGUUCCUUGUCGGACAUAUUUUACUGACGGAACUCCGCAACCGGUAACUCACGUGUUCAACAUGAAAAACCAAAAACAUAACCCUGCGUUCAAAAAGGCUAAAUUCAAGCCUGGCUCGAAGAAAAGAGAAAACAAAUGCGUCGUGACGUUUGACGACAAAGACAGACAAGAUUAUCUGACUGGUUUCCAUAAACGGAAGAUAGAAAGGAGGAAAGCAGCGGUGGAAGAAAUUAAAAAGAAAAUAAAGGACGAGCAGAAAAGAGUCAGAGAAGAACGUCACAAAGAAUAUGUGAAGAUGUUGAAGGAGAGGGAAGAAGCUCUUGCAGCGGAUGCUGAAGACGAGCUUGGCGAUGCAGUAAUCAGCACCACAGAGUGUGUUCAGUACGACCACCCAAACCACACCGUUACCGUGACAACCAUCAGCGAUCUGGACCUCUCAGGGGCUCACCUGCUCGGACCCGCAACGCACGAAGCUGAUGGCGAGAUGGAGGACAAAGAUAAAGUGGAGGAAGAGAAAACACACACCAUGCCAAAAAAACCGAGGGAUAUGAUCAUGAACAAAAAGAUCCGCUCCCUUACGACGGCGCUCAGCACGUGCACCAGCAAGCGGAGGAGGAAGGGGAAGCAGGAUGGCCGAGACAGACGAGGACGUCGGACAGACAAGAAACCUGGUUUCACAGAGGGUGGACACAGAGCCGGGAAGACCACCAAGAAACAGAGGCGUAGGCAGACGGGGAAGAAGAUGCAUCACCUCGACUAGGAGAGCGCGUGCACAAAGCCAGCGUGGGCUUCAGCCUCUGAAAUGAUGGGACAUUUUAUGCCAAAGUCGGCUUGUGGUUCUGUGUUUAAGCAGGAUGAUGAAGAUAUUUAAAUCUGUUCUCCCAUUUUGAAUACUUUCUUAGUCGUUGCUUAAAAUAUCUGUCUCUGGAAAUGUGUUGUAUGUUUUUCAACUAUUUUGUUGUUCUGUUUUUUAUAACACCACUUUUACUGCGUUGCUUAAAGAUUGUGUUCAUAUGUCGACUUUUUAUCUAGAGGUAAGAUGUCAAAUAAAGUAUUUGUUCUGCUUAGGA